AUGAUGAGAACGAUUGCCACCACAGUGUGCCUCGUGGCCGCACUAGUCGCGACCACCGAUGCUCGCAGUGUCAAGGGACGUCAACUACGAGACCCAGACGUAGAUGAAAUGGACAUGGCCCUCUUUCGAGAACACGAAGAAGGUUUCCCAGGCGGUCUCUUUUACGAAGACACGGAAGGGGAGGCCAAGUUGCAGCAAAUGGUUCCUCAAUGGAGACAAGUUGGAACCACCAAGGGAAAAGGAAGCAGCUGGAAGUCCAAAAAGUGCGACAAGUCGCGACGCAACUUGCAAAGUGGCAAGGGUUCCAGCAAGAGCGGCAAGGGCGGAAAGGGUUCCAGCAAGGGCUGCAGCAAUACUCCCACCACGGGUGGUGGUGGCGUCGUCUCUCCCCCCUCUCCUUGGUUUGGCAAUCCAUCCCCAUCCAUGCCCGUCACUUCCCCCACUUGGCCUUCGUCGCCUUCUUGGCCAACUUCUCCAACCAACCCAACUUCACCUACUACCCCUACUUCACCCACUACCCCUACAUCUCCAUCAACCCCCACCAUUGCGGUCCCUGUUGGACAGCCAAUUGCAGUCCCCGUUGGACAGCCCAUUGCUGUCCCCGUGAGUCCCAUUUCCAGUGACUGGCAAGGUUCGGACGGAGAUGGUAGAACGGACACUGCCGUUCCACGAGACUGGGAUGCCAACUCGGCCGUCUGCGCUUCCAUUGCGGCGUCUUCCAACAAGAAGGCUGGUGGUCCCGCCAUUGCCUUUAACGAUUUGAGUCUUGAUGUGGAUUUGGAUCUUCGCAUUCGCAGUAAAAACAAUCUGAAUGUUCCGGUCCUAGUCGAUACCUACUCCAAGUAUGUCCGUCUCUAUACUUUGGGAUGCUUUGAUGAGGCCAGUGCGGAAUUGACCUCCGUGACUGGAAGAAGACGAUUGCAGACGGAGCCACUCUUUCAGGCCACCAUGAAUAGUUGGUUUGAAGAUGGAAAUACUUGUGUUGGAACAAGCCCCAAGACUUGUGAUUAUUUUAACAAUAUCUGGGUCUAUUACCAAAACAAUGGGAAUGGUGCUCCCAAUGAGGCGGAAGUCAAGCAACGUGUCCGAGAAGCUCUCUCUGUCAUUGCGCAAGCCUUGGAAACCCAUCCUGAUGUUGAUGAUGUUGCCGUUGAUACGGUUGCCAUCUCUGCCGCAAGAGGAGGCGGUGAGAGCGAUGGUGAUACCACCAGUGCUGGAACCAUUGUUGGUGCCACAGCUGGUGGUUUGGCGGCUUUGCUAUUGCUUCUGUUCUUGGCCAAGCGCAACAAGGACAGUGAUGAAGUCUCCCACCUCAAGUUUGUCGAAGACGACGAGACCUUUGUCAAUGAGUUUGAAGGCAAGAAUGGAAUUUCCGACUCGGAUUCGGACGCUGAAAACCGACGCGCCCACAUUGUCGGUGAAUCCGAUUCCGUCAUGUCCGGAUGGACCGGAUACUCGGUUGAUGAAGAUUCCAUUUGCAGCGACGCCGAUCGAUCCGGCAAGCUGGGACACCAAAUGGGAGACGUUCACAUUUGUUCGUCGGCUACCUGCGAGACGUGCGAAAAGAGACGGCAAUUGGGAGUGACGUUCAUCAAGACGUCGGCGCCGCCCAUGCCCGAUCGACCGCCAUCGGUACCACGAGAUGCCACGAGAGAAUAUGUCGCGGAAGAUGUGGUGGCACUGUAA